UGCUAAAUAUUUAAAAAUUAUAAUGGGACGCCGUGUAAACUAUGAAGCUGUCCAUGUUAAAUCAAGACGAGCCACGUCCUAAUGAUUUUCUAUUCGUUACUUGCCAAUUUUCUUCCUUACGCGUCCUCGAAUCUAAAUCCAAACCCAAAAACCGGCGCUUCUUCUUGUAGCGUUCAUCUGCUGCUUCUUCAGCUUUUUUGUCAAAUUCAUAACCUUCAGAGACUCCAAUUGGCAGAGCUGCAACAUGGGAAAUGCCCUCAGGUUCCUCUACGCUCAUUGUUGCAAGCCCACCACCGGCGGCGGCGACUCCGGCCCUUUGGGUCCCCACGGCGUGUCCACCGCCAACGUUGGUGUCUCGGCCCUUGCUCACGAUCUCUUCCACUUCGAGAUCACCUCUCAGGUCCCAGAAGGACUCAGUAAACAUGUGGUAUCGUCCAAGAAGGCUCAGGCUAAUUGGUAUAGAAAAUUAGUAGAGGCAUGGAGAGAAGCAAAACCCCCUCCUAGAACAGCUGAAGAAGCAGCUAGGCUUAUCAUCCAGACCUUGAAGAGGCACCAAAAGGCAGAUGUUGAGGGCUUGUUGGCUUUCUAUGGUCUCCCUCUUCCUCAUACUCUGGUUGAACAUUCUGCUGGAAUUCCAACUUCAUUGCCUGAAGGGGUUAAGUUCGAAUUGCUGACUCUACCGGUUGAAGCGAAAGCAAUUUCAGAUGGGGACACGGUGACUGUGUAUGUUAGCACGGCAGAUCCCAGGGAGUCAUCCAGCCUUCCAAAUGAUGUACAAAUGGCGGCUGCAGAAAGAUCAGAAGCGCGUGCUGUAAGGAAUUAUGCAAAGGCAGAUGCACUUCAUAAGAAAAUAGUUGAUUCAGGAUAUCGGGUAAUAAAUUCUCAAAACAACGAGGAGAUCCUUGCUCGAAAAUAUCGCAUUCGACUCAGGGGAAUAGAUGCACCAGAGAGUUCAAUGCCAUAUGGGAAAGAAGCCAAGGAUGAACUGGCUAAGCUUGUUCAGGGAAAGUGUUUGAGAGUCCUUGUCUAUAAUCAAGAUCUGUAUGGCCGUUCCGUAGGUGAUAUUUACUGCAAUGGCAAAUUUGUACAGGAAAGGAUGCUCAAGAAAGGGUUUGCUUGGCAUUACACAGCCUAUGACAACCGAGCAGAGCUUGCAAGAUGGGAAAAUGAGGCUCGAACAAAGCGAGUUGGCUUGUGGGCUUCCUCAAACCCUGAGAAGCCAUGGGAAUGGAGAAAAGAUAGACGAGAAGGCAGAUAACAACGUUCCCUAACAAAUUAUUGCUCCAGUAAAAUUGGCUGCUAACCACAGCCAUAUGCAGAGCCAUAUACAUUAAGCACUCACAUCAAUGACCCGGCGUUGCCAGCAAGAUAGGAAAAUAACUUGAAUCAAACCGACAAAAAGCUGUUAUUUUAUAUGUAUGCAUCAUUAAUGUUUAUGAUUACUUGUAUUUAAUUGUUAUCAGGGCAUGUUGUAAACUGAAAUUUGUGUUUGACAAUUUGUAUUCAAGGUUGUAACAUUACACAACCAUGAAUGAACUAAUAGCCAUGCAAAUAUCCAAAGUGAA